AUGAUAAAUAAAUCUCUAAUCUUUGCUUUCUUAAUUUUAAGCUUUAUAAGCUGUUGCUCGCAAAACUAAGUAGAGGUAACUAUUAAAACUAAAGUGUGCCUUUGUUCAGCAGGUUACUAUGGUGAUACAACAGCUGGCGAUUGUUAAAAAUGCCCAUAAGGAACUACAUCUUUGCCACCAGACUCAAAACAAUUGAAUUUAGAUGUCAGUUUUUGUUCAUAAUGCCAAAUAAAUUACUAUAUGAACUAAUAAGCUGUACAGCCUAAAGGACGUUUGUUGUAAACAGCAGCUAUUUGCCUUUAAUGCCCUCAAGGAACAGGAAAUAAUAGUGGUCCAACAACUAAAGGCGAUUAAUCUUAAUGCAAUGUUUGUUUACCUGGUUAUUAUAUGACAGGAUAUCCUUAACCAAAUCAACCUGCUUAAUGCACUCCUUGCCCAUCUAAUUCUACCAAUAGAGGAGUGAAUAUAAUUGGAGAUGUAUCUUAAUGUGAUUAUUGUAAAGAUAAUUUCUAUUUGACUGCUACUGCUUAACCAGGUAAAAAUCCUUAAUCUGCUUAGUGUUCUCCUUGUCCUGCUAAUUCAUAUAGUAGUGCUUCAAAUACUUAAGGAUUUUGUACAUGUUUUGACUCAAAUGCAAAUCCUUUAUCAGGUUCUCAAACUUCUUGUGCUUGCUAAAGUGGGUAUGCAGGAACUGUAGCUACAAGUAAAAGCGUUCCAAGUGGAUGUUAAAAAUGUGGAAAUAACUAAUUUAUUUCUGGAAAUACUUGUGUGACUUGUGCAGAUGGUUCUACAGCUAACAAAGACUUCAGUGGUUGCACUUGCAAUGACACAAGUGAUGGCACUAGUGCUUGGAGCUCAUAAAAUAAUGUUUGUUAAUGCAAAUAAAAUUAUUAUGGAACCCCUGAUAAAGCAUCUUAAGGAUCUACAGGAAGUUGCAAGCAGUGUCCAUAAGGAACAACCUCUGUAGCUGGAUCAAAAACAUCUGAUUUAUGCCUAAAACCUCCUAAGGAUAACAGCUCAAUCUCCUAAUCUAAUUCUCUAAUAAUUUCAUUUUAUAUUAUAAUUAAUUUAAUCUUUAUUGCAUUAUAUUGA